ACUCUCUUGCCUACAGGAGCUUGCUUAUACCUCUAUCUUGCCUCCAUGAGCUCGUUGUAUACCACUGUCUUGCUUCAACCGGCUCGCUUUCUCGCUCGCUGCCUCGGCCCGGCGUUUCACUCGGCCACCAGCAGUCACCUCAACCACACGCUGCCCUCCACAUCAGAGCAAGCACGAUGACCACCUACUUCAGUUACCCCAGUGAAGCCCUGCAGAAGGAGCUCCGCACCAUCGCCAAUGCCAUCGUCAAGCCCGGCAAAGGCAUCCUGGCCGCCGACGAGUCCACGGGCACGAUGGGCAAGCGGCUGACGGCCAUCAACCUGGAGAACACCGAGGAGAACCGAAGGAAGUACCGUCAGCUGCUCUUCACGACCGACAAGGAAAUUGGGAACUACAUCUCCGGCGUGAUCCUCUUCCACGAGACGCUGUACCAGAAGGCUGAUGACGGCAGGCCCUUCGUGGAGCUCAUCAAGCAGCUGGGCAUCAUCCCCGGCAUCAAGGUGGACCAAGGUGUUGUGCCACUGAUGGGCUCUGAGGGCGAGAGCACCACCCAGGGCCUUGAUGACCUGUCCCAGCGCUGUGCCCAGUACAAGAAGGACGGGUGUGACUUUGCCAAGUGGCGCUGUGUCCUCAAGAUUGGCAAGAACACCCCAAGCUACCAGGGCAUGCUGGAGAACGCCAACGUGCUGGCCCGCUACGCCUCAAUCUGCCAGAUGAACGGCCUCGUCCCCAUCGUGGAGCCCGAGGUGUUGAUGGACGGAAGCCACGACCUGCUGCGGGCACAGAAGGUGACCGAGACCGUGCUGGCCUUCACGUACAAGGCGCUCAACGACCACCACGUCUUCCUGGAGGGCACGCUGCUCAAGCCUAACAUGGUGCUGGCCGGGCAGGAGUGUUCCGUCAAGUACACGCCCCUGCAGGCGGCCGAGGCCACCGUGCUGGCCCUUUCCCGCACGGUGCCUGCGGCGGUGCCCGGCAUCUGCUUCCUGUCCGGCGGCCAGUCCGAGGAGGAGGCCACGGUGCACCUGGACGCCAUCAACAAGUCUACCGUUGCCCAGAAGCCUUGGGCUCUCUCCUUCAGCUACGGCCGCGCCCUGCAGGCCUCUGCCAUCAAGGCCUGGAAGGGCACCGACGUGAAGGCCGGCCAGGCGGAGCUCCUCAAGCGUGCCCGCGCCAACAGCCUGGCGGCCCAAGGGAAGUACACGGCGGGCUCCGUCUCCGGGGCGGCCGGCCAGGCAGGGCUCUUCGUCAAGAACCACCAGUACUAGGGAACACAUUCCACGCGACACUGAGAACGAUGAGGACAUUGCUAGCCAGAUGUGAACCUUGUAUUCUCUCUCUCAUCAUUUCCUUUUCCUCGCUGUCUCUCCUGUCACUGUUUACUGUCAUAUCUCUCUGUAUUCUCUUUCUCUCCCCCUCCGUGGCUCACGGUGGGCGGAAAGCGGCUGCCUCUCCAGCCUCAGCCGCGGUGGCCGAGUAGGAAAUUCUGAACAAAACCAGCAAAGGUGUAAAAAUGUCCACAAUGUGUGCCUUUUGCCUUCCUUUCGUGCCCUACUCCUUCAAACGCUUCCCAAAGACAUGCACAUUUUUGCACCUUCAAUAAUUUAAACUGAGGUAGGUGAAAAAGAUAUAUUUUGCAGCUAUUCCAAGGAACUGAAAAUAAAUAUUAUUCUUAA